UCGUUUUAAGACGAACAACAACCCCAUUACAAAUCUGGUUUAUUUCAUCGUUGAAAAAUUCCCUCACACGUUUCAUUUGAGAAAAUCGCAACACACAACCAUGGCUUCCUUCAACACCAUUUGGAUUUUCUCUCUCGCUCUUCUCCUCAUCGCUUCUCCAGUUGUUAGGUGUCAGUCGGAUUCAGGUGAAGCUGUUGAGACUACUGAAAGUGAUAUUGGAAUUGUUGGUGAUGAUGCUCAAGACUUUGAUAGUGUUGGUACCUUUUCUGCUGCUCCGGGGAUUGAUACGAUAAGUGUGUUUCCGAAAAAUAUUGCGAAAUUGGUUACAGCUGGAGAAGAGACCGAGCUGCUAGUUGGUUUAAAAAAUGAUGGCGAGUCCAGCUUGAAUGUUGUUGCAAUCAAGGCCAGUAUUCACCUUCCUGUUGAUCAUCGUCUUCUUGUCCAAAAUCUUACUGCUCAGGUUUUCAACAAUGGUUCUGUACCAGCCUCAGCGCAAGCCACUUUCCCAUACAUAUUUGCAGUCAGCAAAUUCUUGCAGCCUGGAAGUUUUGAUCUUGUUGGCACUAUUAUCUAUGAGAUAGAUGAGCAUCCAUACCAAAGCACCUUCUUUAAUGGAACUAUUGAAGUUGUUGAAUCGGGUGGGUUUCUUAGCAUCGAAUCUGUUUUUCUUGUUACUCUUGGAGCUGCCCUCCUUGUCCUCCUGGGGCUAUGGAUUCAGGGUCAAGUACAAAACCUAUCUAAGAAAUCAAAGAGAGCUCCCAAAGUUGAAGUUGGAACCAGGUCUAUAGAUGCUUCGACAGACGAAUGGCUACAGGGAACUGCAUAUACUCAGUCUCUUUCCAGCAAAUCAAAGAAGAAGAAGUAGAUGAAUAGUUUUCCUCAAGUUCUUCAGCCAAACAUGACUAGAGAUGUAACACCAUGUUAAUUAGUUUGAGAGAGCGCGAGGAAUUGUGGCUGAAUGAUGACGACCUGCCUUUUCUGUUGUAGCUUUAAAGAAAUUUUACUUUUUCCCCUUCCAAUGAGUUUGAGCUUUUUUUAAGAAAAAACUAACAGGAAUGUGAGUUAGGAAGGAUAGAACUUUUGAGAAGUGGCACAAUUUUUGUUACAUAAUGUUCAUUUUACUAUUUA